AUGAUGAGGUAUGCAAUGAUUUUUCCGAGGGCAGCUUUGAGCUGCCUGUUGCUAGUGCUAGUGCGUUCACUGGUGGUAUUAUGCUCGUCAGAGUACAUGAAGAGUAAGGUCAAUAGUCAGAGCCUGACAAAAUUCCUUAUCUACAUAGAUGAUCCAAAGUCACAUUGA